AUGACAGCUCAACGUAACUAUCGCGAUGGAAGAAUUAAUCAUGAUCGCUUAAAUGAUUACUAUAAAAGAGCUAUACAAAUUACAAUCGAAGAAAUGGAAUCCACAGGAUCACCAGUGGUGACAGACGGUGAACAGACAAAACCAUCAUUUCUAACUUAUCCAAUUUUCGCCUUGUUUAAUGAAUAUUACAAAUUUACAUCAGAUUGUUUUUCACUUAAAUUUGCAGAUGGUCAUCAAAGAUUAUUACCACGUCUAACGAAAGCUCCAUUUCGUUAUGCAGUCUAUGCUCAUAGUUAUAUUGAUGCUGCAAAACGAAUUACUCAGUUACCAAUCAAACAAGCAGUAAUUACACCGUCAGCUUUAUCAAUGAUUUAUCCAAAAGCUACUAUACGAGGCUAUUCUCAUGAACAAUUUUUGAACGAUUUAAUUGUUGAAUCUGAAAGAGACAUUCGGCAAUGUCUUGAAAGUGGAGCUCAUUGCGUUCAACUUGAUUUUACUGAAGCUCGUUUUUCUCUUAAGAUUGAUCCAACUGGUCAAUUAUUGCGAGACUUUGUUCAACUCAAUAAUCGAGUAUUGGAUCGAUUUGGUUUUCACGAACAACAUCGACUUGGUGUUCAUGUCUGUCCAGGUGGAGAUCAAGAUUGUUAUCAUUCUUUUGAGGUCGACUAUUUACAGGUUCUUCCUUCUCUAUUCGACCUUCAUGUGGGUAAUUUUUACUUACAAUUAGCAAGUGAACCAAAUCGCGAUCGAGUUUUAGAAUGUAUUCGUAAAUAUAUGAAGCCAUGGCAUCGAAUUUUUGUUGGUGUCAUUAAUCCAAUUGAUCCAAUUGUGGAAACACCAGAACAAGUGUGUGCUCGAGUAUUAGAAGCAGCAAAAUACAUACCUGCAGAACAGUUAGGCACGACUGAUGAUUGUGGUUUUUCUCCAUUUGAUGAUGAUCAAUCAACUUCAAGACAAAUAGCUUUUGAUAAAAUUCGGGCACGCGUUGAAGGCACACGCAUGGCUCAAGAACAACUGAUGAUGUCACAACUGAAAAACACAUAA